GAGCUGGAGGGUGAGAGGAGAAGAGAAGCCAUCGGGAAAGAGAGUGUGGUGUGGAAGAGAACGAGCCGACGAGUCCUUCGCUCUCCUCAGUUCUCCAUCUGAAGGCUCACAGUUGUACUCAUAGAAAUAUACAUCGAAUUUAGCCGCGUUACCUUCCAAGUCUUCUGGCGACGAAAGAGCAAUGCAGUCAUCAGGCAGCACUUCCUCCCAGCCCUCGCACGACUCCCUCUGCUCCAGCGAUAGUUUCUUGUUCAGCGACGCCGAUCACACGGAGGACGACGCAGAUGUCUUCUUGUCGGAAGGCGACAGCAGGGAGAGCCAGGCCAGCAGGGAGGGCGAGUCCGGCCAAGUAGUCUUUCCCCAGGCGAGAGCGGACCUACGAGAAUGGGCCUGCGACGGCUUCGGCAGUCAGGAUGAGUCUGAGGUCAUAGGUCACCAGGUGACGAACACCAUCAAUGGCACCGCCCGCUCCUCGCUGGUGACCUCCUCCUCCAGUGCACUGAAUAAGGAAAAAGGGAGAGGGGGACAGACCAAGGGAGACUUAUUGUUUGCACAGAAGUGCGCGGAACUUCAGGGCUUUGUCCGACCUCUGCUGGAGCUUCUAAAUGGACUUAAAAAGGGGAGGUUUGACAAAGGUCUUAGCAGUUUCCAGCAAAGUGUUGCUAUGGAUAGAAUCCAGAGGAUUGUGGGAGUUCUUCAGAAACCCACCAUUGGCGAGCGGUAUCUGCACACCCUUCUCCAGGUGGAAAUGAUGCUGAAGUUGUGGUUCCCCCAUGUUUCCCAAAAAACCUCAGUAGCCAUCAACCCCCAGCCUCCCCUUCCCCACAACCUCCCACAAAGCACUCCUCCACACAAGCACAAAGAUCAGCUGCACAUCCCUGUGAAGAAACGAAAGCUUAGUUGGUCAGACACCGACGCAACUCCCCCUCCAGCUCUUUGCAAGAGCUUCCGACAAAUGCGGGAAGAAGAAGAAGGGGGAGACGGAGGCAGCAAGGGGGUGACACAAUGCCACUCGGCAGUCUCUGCUUCAGUCCAAAGAGAGAUCAGUCCUGCCAACACCAAAAAGCUUGUGCAAGCAAAGGAAGAGGAGGUGGGAGAUGGAGAGGGAGAAUCGUCAAGUUACAAAGCCAUCCACUGGUCUGAACCAAGUCUUACCUGGGUCCAUGUAGCCCCUAUCCUGAGCCCAACAAAGUCCUGCCCCUCUCAUGAAGGCAGUGAAGGUCAAAAGGGAAACUCUGCCUCUCUGAUGACCAGGGGCAGCCCAGCCACACAAGACAACUCAAUUUCAUCCACUACCCAGUUUUCUGAUGCACACCACCUUUCUUUCCAGCAAUGCCAGCAGGUUGAGUGUCAGAGUGAACUCGCUACCGCAGAUGGUGAGGGCAAGACCUCGAAGACUUGUCAGGGGCGGAGCCUGUCUCGCCAACCUUUGCGGAAGCCUUUAAAUAGUGCAGUGGACAUUGUGAUUCAAAGCUCCACGUAAACUUGAAACUGAAGAAACAACAGCUCCGUCAUAUUGGUACAACCUCUGUGUUUAAGUGUGACAAGCUGGAUUGUUAUAAAUGCACUCUUUUUUUUGGGGUUGUGUUGGGUUGGGUUGGGGUUGGGGUUGGGGUU